AUGGAGAGAGACCGGGGAUUUAGCUUCAAACUGGUGGUUCCGUCCAGGGGGAAUAACGGACAGGUAUCAGCCGUUCGACCUCAGGAGGUUGUUGAGACCUGUGCUGACUUCAUGAAUGCAUUGCAGCAGGGUAACAGUGAAGGAUUUGAAAAAGAGACAAGCAUGCCUUUCCCAAAUACAAGUGUGGUUGCACCGACUAGAACAGAACUCCCCAGGAUGAAAGCUGUGCCACCGAUGGAAAAAGGCGAUAAUAAUUGCACUCCUGGGCAGCUGUAUUCCAAGCUGUUUGAUGAAGUUGAGAAAAUAAAGUGUUGGAAGGUUAAAGUAGACUCUGACACUGUGCAAAAGGAAAGGAAGCUCCAAGAAAACAAAAGAACAAUUGAAACUCAGCGCAAAGCCAUUCAGGAAUUGCAGUUUGGAAAUGAAAGUCUCAGCGUGAAGCUGGAGGAACAGAUCAGUGAAAAUGAGGAUUUGAGGAACAAAAACAACGGCACAAGGAACUUGUGUAAUAUACUCAAAGAUACUUUUCAGCGGUCAGCUGAGAAAAUGCAUUUAUUUGAAUCCGAAAGAGAAGAAACACAUCACCUCUUUAUGGAAAAUAGUAGUACUAUUCAGAAACUGACUGCAGCAUUUGAAAGCCUUCGUUCUCAAACAGAAGCUGAUCAACAAGAGAUGAAGAAAGUCAAAGAGGCCUUGCUGCAAUUUGAAGAUCUAAAAGAGAAAUAUCAUCAAGAAUAUAACAUGAAAGAAAAAGAGGUUGCAGAUCUUCAAACUAAAAUUAAGGAUAAGGAAAAUGAACUUCAAAAACUCCUGCUUGACCUCCUUGAAACCCAGAAGCACUGCACACAACUACAAGAGACAACAAAUUACCAACGUGAACUUCUAAAAAGCUCAAAAAACGAACAAGAAUCCCUUCUCCAAAGACUUAACGCUGCAGAGCAGCACUGUAGAGAAACUGAGGAAAAUCGUGAAGCUAUUGCUGCAAUGCUGGCCCAAAGCAAAGAAGAAUAUGGAGAGAUGAUUCAAAACAAAGACUUGACCUUGCAGGAGCUCACUAGAAUUAAAAAUCAGCAAGCAGAGAAGCUGGAGGAGACUCAGACUAGCAUUACGGAGCUGCAGAAUUCACUAGCCUUAGAGAUACAGAGGAGCAAGGAACUUGAGGAUAAUCUUAUUGCAAACAACAAAGAACUUGAAAGGAGAAACACACUUCUAGAAGAGAGCAUGGAGCAGAGUGCAGAGAAAGAUGGGCAGAUCAAAACCCUUGAAGAUGAACUGGAUGAAAAAUCUAAAUCUGUUGAGUCCAUGAAGGGUAAGAUUGAAAUCACUGAACUCAGAGUGGAGGAACUUACAGCUGAGCUGUCGAGGAAAACUGAAGAAGUCCAGCUAUUUAAGAACGAAGCAGAGAUUGAGAAAAAAGAAAAGGAACUACUGAAGAAGACUUGUGAAGCUGCUGAAAACGCACAAGAGGAUUUAAAGGAGAAGGCUGCAGUGACACAGAUCAAAGUGCAAGAGCUGGAGGGACAAUUGACUAGUGAAUUAAAGAAGAAUAAAGAACAAACCGUUCAGAUGGAGCAACUGGGGAAAGACUUCACACAGCAUAAAGUAAAGUACCAAAAGCUAUUAUCCACCUUUAACGAGCUGCAGUGUGAGAAGACAGCCAUUCAACAGCAGUUUGAGAGUCGAUCUUCUAAUGUGAAAGCUAUUGAGGCAAACAUGAAGGUGAGUAAGGAGAAGGUUGUGAAGUUCACAAGUGAAAUUCAAAGACUGGAAGAAGAAAACCAAUGUUUACGAGAGGAAGUGAACUCCAUUAAUACCAAAAGCCAUGGGACAUAUCAGGAAACAGAGGCUUUGCAGAAGAAAAUUGAAGAACAUUGUGAACAUCUACAGCAGGAAAUUACAGAAAGAGAAAAUCGGAUCAAAUCUGUGGAAACAAAGCUGUGCAAUCUCAGAAAAAAAUUUGAAAUCAAAUUUAAAGCCCAAGAGGGAUACCAGAAAGAGAAUAAAAUGCUUAAGAAACAAAUAGCAAAGGAGAAUGCAAAAUCCAGUCAACUUGAAAUUGUGAUAAGCAGUCUUCAGGAGAAAUCCCAGAACCUUAAUAGACUGAAUGAAGAAGACCAUCAGAAAAUGCUCUUGGAUCUUGAGUCCAAAUCAUCCUUUACAGCAGAGCUUGAGAAUGAGCUACAAAAACUCAGAUUAACAGCAUCAGAGGCCAUCAAGAACAAGGAAGACAUAGAACUCAAGUGUCAACACAAGAUAGCAGAUAUGGUCGCACUUAUGGAGAAACAUAAGAGCCAGUAUGACCGGAUGGUUGAAGAAAAGGACGCAGAGCUUGAUGAGAAAAAGAGGAAAGAGAUGGAAGCUGUUGCCUCAAGGAAAUCUCUGGAGUUGGACCUCACCAAGCAGAAGGCUGAUAUUGAUCAGCUGAAGCAACAGCUGAAGACAGAAAUAACAGAGAAGGAAAACCUGCAGAAGGAGCUGACUGACUUGAAGAAGGUAAUAUCAUCAAUAAAAAACAGUCAGCUGUCAGAAGCAAGAAAAAAGCAGUCACCUGCCUCAGACUAUAAACAAGGGAGAUGUUCGAAGACCCCAAAAGACAGCUCUUCAAAAAGACACCAGUUUGACUUCUCCAAGGCUAAGAAAACUCCCUCCUACAGCAAAGAUGAUGGAAGAACUGCAAUUAAGAAGAAAGCUGUGAAGCAAUCUGACACUGAAUCCAUAAGAACAUCGUGUGGAACAACCCCAAAGACCAAGGAAAUUCACAAUGAAGACCUGAAAACCCAGAGAUGUAAUACAAAUGGAGUUGGCGGAACAUCAAAGAUCAAAUCGUACAGAAUAAGGACUCCUCCUUCUGCUGAAAAGGCAGCACACUGGGGGAAGAGCACCAUAGAGCUUGAACCCAAGUCUGACAGCUCCGACCAAAAUGAUCUCUUGACAUUUGCAAGUGCACCUGUACCCAAUUUCUCUGCUCCACAGUGCAAACUUAACAUCUUCAAGAAGAUUCAGAGCCCUGUCGCUCAUAAAUCACCAGGGAACUCCUUGAAGUUAGCUGCAAUGAAGAGAAUGAGAGAUGCUGGUUGGACGGCUGUUACUGGCUGUGACAAAAAAAAGAGGACGACCAAUGAGAAGAUCUUUGCUUAA